AUGUUGAAUAAAUUGAGUACGAUUAAGGCCAAGAGGGUAACCAUCCCUCCGUGGAUUUUGAUUAAGUUGGUGUUGGGUGUCAGGCCUAUGGAUUACAUGAGUAAGCUGGUGUUGGGUGCCAGGCCUAUGGAUUACAUGAGUGAGAGUGUGGAUUACAUGAGUAAGCUGGUGUUGGGUGCCAGGCCUAUGGAUUACAUGAGUGAGAGUGUGGAUUACAUGAGUAAGCUGGUGUUGGGUGCCAGGCCUAUGGAUUACAUGAGUGAGAGUGUGCAGUUGGUUUAA